AUGAUUAGGGUAUCCCGGAAAUUGCUAUUAUCGAAUUGCUCUCUUACACGGCUGAGAGGUAUCCAAGCGAGAGGUCUGCGUUGCAGCGCUGCCAUGAGAAAUGCCAGAAACGGCGGGAAUAUCUAUACGUAUCAGCAGAUAUCACAAAGGAACGAUCGUAUCCAAAAGAUAGUGUUGUCGUUGCUGGGAUUUUCAGCGUUUAGCUACGGCGUUUGGCACUUUUACUGGCCACAUCACACGUUUCCGAAGCCAGUGGCUCAAAUCUUGAGAAAGGGACUUUGGGCGGAGUCUGAUAAGGAGCAAUUCGAUUAUCAAAAGGCUUUAAAGUUUUAUAUCGAGGCAUUGGACAAAUGUCAGGAGUUAAAAGUCGAUCCGAUUAGCGAUGAAUAUACGGGCAUCGAGCUUAAAGUGGCCGAAAUGUAUGAAAAAUUGGGAAUGCUUGACGAAGCUAGCGGCGUGUACCUAGAACUACUGUACCGUUAUUUUGACGCGUUGAACACCGAAGGUAAGAUACCGGAGGAUAAGCGGCCAGAACUGAUCAGGAGGGAUUUACGGAUUUUGAUCAAGUCGCUCGAAACCAAUAAGGACGUUAGCACUGGGAAGAGAAAUCUUCUUGCACACUUGCUAAUGGCUCAGGAAGAAGUGUUGAGCAGAUCGCAGGAAUUAAAGCAGUUUUUUGAACGUAGGAAGGAGAAGGCCAAAAUUAUCUUCCAAGGCAAAGCAUUGGAUGCUUCCGAUUUCAAGACUUUUGUAAACGAGGAAAACUUGAAGCUGGAUGAUGAAGGUUACAUGAUCUUGGACCUGCAAAAAGAUAGUAGUGCUUGGGAGCCAUUCAAAGAAGAGUUUUUUACCGCUCGAGACCUGUACACGGCCUUCUGUUUAUCAUCAAAGGACAUUGCGGCUGCUUUAAGCUGUAAAAUGACCACUGUUGAGUGGAUGGUCAUGGCAGAUAUGCCGCCGGGCCAAAUUCUGCUUUCGCAAGCCAAUUUGGGAUCCUUGCUUUACUUGCAAGGCGAAAAGUUUGAAGCUGAAAUAUUCGAACUGGAGGGCAAGCGCGAUAAAGAUCCGUCGCUGCGGUCGGAUGAACCGAUGAUCAAAGCGUUGAGGCAUCUUCAUAGAAAUCGUGAUACCUGCUUGCAGAUGGCGACCCAAUGCUACGACAGUGUGAUCCAGUUUGCCAAAAAGAAUAAUAAACUGAGAUUUAACAUGAAAGACCAAUUGGAUCCCUCGGUCUCGCAGGCCAUUGCCUUGUCAACCUAUGGGAUGGGUGUGUUGAAUUUGCAUCAAGGGGUGUUAGCUAAAGCUGAAAAGCUCCUCAAGGAUUCCAUCUCGAUGGCAAAGGAGAUCGAUUUCCAAGAGUUGCUCAACGAAGCUAGAAAUGAGCUCGAUAAAGCAGAAACCCUUAGGUUGGAAACAGGGAAACAGGAGAGAUAA